GUGCAGGAGGCGGCCAUGGCCCUGGGCCCUUUUCUGGCCAGAGUGCUGACACUGGCCUUGGGCGUGCUGGGCCCGCUGUUCCCCGGAGCUAGGGCAGGGGACUGCAAGGGGCAGAGGCAGGUGCUGCGGGAGGCGCCAGGCUUCGUGACCGAUGGUGCAGGCAACUACAGCGUCAAUGGCGACUGCGAGUGGCUCAUCGAGGCCCCGAGCCCCCGGCACCGGAUCCUGCUGGACUUCCUUUUCCUGGACACCGAGUGCACGUAUGACUACCUGUUUGUGUAUGAUGGCGACUCGCCCCGCGGGCCCCUGCUCGCCAGCCUGAGUGGGAGCACCCGGCCUCCGCCCAUCGAAGCUUCCUCGGGCAAGAUGCUGCUGCACCUCUUCAGUGACGCCAACUACAACCUGUUGGGCUUCAACGCCUCCUUCCGCUUCUCCUUGUGCCUGGGGGGCUGCCGGAGCCACGGGCAGUGCCGGCCGCCGGGGGUGUGUGCCUGUGAGCCGGGCUGGGGUGGCCCGGACUGUGGCCUGCAGGAGUGCUCAGCCUACUGUGGCAGUCAUGGCACCUGCGUCUCGCCUCUGGGACCGUGCCGCUGUGAGCCUGGCUUUCUGGGACGUGCCUGUGACCUGCACCUGUGGGAGAACCAGGGGGCCGGCUGGUGGCACAACGUGAGUGCUGGGGACCCCGCCUUCUCUGCCCGUAUUGGGGCAGCUGGUGCCUUCCUGUCCCCUCCAGGACUGCUGGCUGUUUUUGGAGGCCAAGACCUCAACAAUGCCCUGGGUGACCUCGUCCUAUACAACUUCUCUGCCAACACCUGGGAGCGCUGGGACCUGAGUCCGGCCCCGGCUGCUCGUCACUCCCACGUGGCUGUGGCCUGGGCUGGCUCCCUGGUGCUGAUGGGUGGUGAGCUGGCUGAUGGCUCGCUCACCAAUGACGUGUGGGCCUUUAACGCACUGGGUGGAGGCCGCUGGGAGCUCUUGGCACCACCUGGCUCCAGCUCGGAGGGGCCCCCAGGCCUGGCAGGCCAUGCAGCUGCCCUGGUGGACGACACCUGGCUCUAUGUGUCUGGUGGCCGCACCCAGCACGACCUCUUCUCCUCUGGCCUCUUCCGUUUCUGCCUGGACAGUGCCAGUGGGGGCCGCUGGGAGCAGGUGAUCCCAAUGGGCGGACGGCCCCCUGCUGCCACCGGCCACUCCAUGGUGUUCCAUGCCCCCUCCCGUGCCCUGCUGGUCCAUGGGGGACACCGGCCCUCCACUGCCCGGUUCUCUGUGCGGGUGAACUCCACUGAGCUCUUCCAUGUGGAUCGGCGCGUAUGGACCACCCUGAAGGGCCGGGAUGGGCUUCAGGGCCCACGGGAGCGUGCCUUCCACACAGCCAGCGUAUUGGGCAACUACAUGGUAGUCUAUGGGGGCAACGUGCACACCCAUUACCAGGAGGAAAAGUGCUAUGAAGACGGCAUCUUCUUCUACCACCUUGGCUGCCAUCAGUGGGUGUCAGGGGCUGAGCUUGCGCCCCCAGGAACCCCUGAGGGCCGAGCAGCGCCUCCCAGUGGCCGGUACUCACAUGUGGCAGCCGUGCUUGGUGGCAGUGUCCUGUUGGUGGCUGGGGGCUAUAGUGGCCGGCCCCGUGGGGACUUGAUGGCCUACAAGGUGCCUCCAUUUGUAUUCCAGGCAUCUGCCCUAGAAUACCACCUAGACUAUUGCUCCAUGUACACGGGCCACAGCGUCUGCUCCCGAGACCCUGAAUGCAGUUGGUGUCAGGGGGCCUGCCAAGCUGCACCCCCUCCUGGGACCCCCUCAGGGGCUUGUCCGGCUGCCAGCUGCCUGGGCCUGGCACGCCUCCUGGUUUCCAUCGUCCGCAGUACGACCAUCACCCUGACACCCAGCCCAGAGACAGAUGUGUCCCUGGUCUACCGUGGCUUCAUCCACCCACUGCUGCCAGGGGGACCGGCUGGGCCAGGAGCUGAGGAUGUGGCGGUGUGGGCCCGGGCCCAGCGGCUCCACGUCCUGGCUCGGAUGGCCCGUGGCCCUGACACAGAGAACAUGGAGGAGGUGGGGCACUGGGUGGCUCAGCAGGAGAAGGAGACAAGACGGCUGCAGCGCCCAGGCUCAGGCCGCCUCUUCCUGCUACCUGGGCGGGGCCACAAGUACGCAGUGGAGAUUCGGGGCCAGCUCAACGGCUCCGUGGGCCCUGGGCACAGCGAGCUCACCCUGCUGUGGGAUCGGACUGGCGUGCCAGGUGGCAGUGAGAUCUCCUUCUUCUUCCUGGAGCCCUACCGCUCUGCGGCCUGCGCCUCCUACUCCUCCUGCCUGGGCUGCUUGGCGGACCAAGGCUGCGGCUGGUGCCUGGCCAGCGCCACUUGCCACCUGCGCCAGGGGGGUGCCCACUGCGGUGACGAUGGGACUGACGGAUCUCUGCUGGUGCUGGUGCCCACCCUCUGCCCACUCUGUGAGGAGCAUCGUGACUGCCACGCCUGCACCCAGGACCCCUUCUGUGAGUGGCAUCAGAGCACCAGCCGCAAAGGGGAUGCUACAUGCAGCCGGCGAGGCCGGAGCCGAGGUGCCCUGAAGAGCCCAGAGGAAUGUCCCCCGCUCUGCAGCCAGCGCCUGACCUGUGAGGACUGCCUGGCCAACUCCAGCCAGUGUGCUUGGUGCCAGUCCACCCACACCUGCUUCCUGUUUGCUGCCUACCUGGCCCGGUACCCACAUGGGGGCUGCCGAGGCUGGGAUGACAGCGUGCACUCAGAGCCUCGGUGCCGGAGCUGUGACCGCUUCCUGACCUGUCACGAGUGUCUGCAGAGCCAUGAGUGUGGCUGGUGUGGCAAUGAGGACAACCCCACGCUGGGCCGGUGCCUGCAGGGGGACUUCUCUGGGCCUCUGGGUGGGGGUAACUGCUCCCUAUGGGUUGGGGAGGGCCUGGGGCUGCCUGUGGCCCUCCCAGCCCGCUGGGCAUACGCCCGCUGCCCGGAUGUGGACGAGUGUCGCCUGGGCCUGGCACGGUGCCACCCACGGGCGGCCUGCCUGAACACACCCCUCAGCUACGAGUGCCACUGCCAGCGGGGGUACCAGGGCGACGGCAGCACGCACUGCAACCGCACGUGCCUGGAGGACUGUGGGCAUGGUAUGUGCAGUGGCCCCCCUGACUUCACCUGCGUGUGUGACCUGGGCUGGACAUCAGACCUGCCACCACCCACACCUGCACCAGGCCCCCCUGCCCCCCGCUGCUCCCGGGACUGUGGCUGCAACUUCCACAGCCACUGUCGCAAGCGGGGGCCUGGCUUCUGUGAUGAGUGCCAGGACUGGACGUGGGGUGAGCACUGUGAACGGUGCCGGCCCGGCAGCUUCGGGAAUGCCACGGGCUCAGGUGGCUGCCGGCCCUGCCAGUGCAACGGGCAUGGGGACCCACGCCGGGGCCACUGUGACAACCUCAGCGGGCUCUGCUUCUGCCAGGACCACACUGAAGGCGCCCACUGCCAGCUCUGCUCCCCUGGCUACUAUGGGGACCCCCGGGCCGGUGGCUCCUGCUUCCGGGAGUGUGGGGGUCGUGCCCUCCUCACCAACGUGUCCUCAGUGGCACUGGGCUCACGCCGGGUCGGGGGACUGCUGCCUCCGGGCGGUGGGGCGACGAGAGCUGGGCCAGGCCUGUCCUAUUGCGUGUGGGUUGUGUCAGCCACCGAGGUGCUCCAGCCAUGUGCCCCCGGGACCUUGUGCCCCCCACUCACCCUCACUUUCUCCCCUGACAGUAGUACCCCAUGUACGCUAAGCUAUGUCCUAGCAUUCGAUGGAUUCCCUCGCUUCCUGGACACUGGUGUCGUCCAGUCAGACCGUAGCCUCAUUGCUGCCUUCUGUGGCCAGCGGCGGGACAGGCCCCUCACCGUGCAAGCCCUGUCUGGGCUGCUCGUGCUGCACUGGGAGGCCAACGGCUCCUCGUCCUGGGGCUUCAAUGCCUCGGUGGGCUCUGCCCGCUGUGGGUCUGGGGGCCCUGGGAGCUGCCCUGUCCCCCAGGAGUGCGUCCCCCAGGACGGGGCUGCAGGCACCGGCCUCUGUCGGUGCCCCCAGGGCUGGGCUGGCCCACACUGUCGCAUGGCUCUGUGUCCCGAGAACUGCAAUGCCCACAACGGGGCAGGGACUUGCAACCAGAGCCUGGGCGUGUGCAUCUGUGCGGAGGGCUUUGGGGGCCCUGACUGUGCCACGAAGCUGGACGGUGGGCAGCUUGUCUGGGAAACCCUCAUGGACAGCCGCCUCUCAGCUGACACUGCUAGCCGCUUCUUGCACCGCUUGGGACACACCAUGGUGGAAGGACCUGACGCCACCCUGUGGAUGUUUGGGGGCCUGGGCCUGCCGCAGGGGCUGCUGGGAAACCUGUACAGGUACUCAGUGAGUGAGCGCCGGUGGACACAGAUGCUGGCGGGAGCCGAGGACGGGAGCCCGGGCCCCUCCCCGCGCUCCUUCCAUGCGGCUGCCUAUGUUCCCGCCGGCCGUGGCGCCAUGUACCUGCUGGGGGGGCUCACGGCUGGGGGUGUCACCUGCGACUUCUGGGUCCUCAACCUUACCACCCUGCAGUGGCGGCAGGAGAAGGCCCCGCAGACCGUGGAGCUACCAGCAGUUGCAGGCCACACCCUUACUGCCCGCCGUGGUGUGUCUCUGCUUCUGGUGGGCGGUUACUCCCCCGAAAAUGGCUUUAACCAGCAGCUGCUCGAGUACCAGCUGGCGACUGGCACCUGGGUGUCCGGAGCCCAGAGUGGGACACCCCCCACAGGUCUCUAUGGUCAUUCCGCCGUCUACCACGAGGCCACAGACUCCCUCUAUGUGUUUGGAGGCUUCCGCUUCCACGUGGAGCUGGCUGCCCCGUCCCCGGAGCUCUAUUCGCUGCACUGUCCCGACCGCACCUGGAGCCUGCUGGCCCCUUCCCAGGGGGCAAAGCCCCGCCCGCGACUUUUCCACGCCUCAGCCUUACUGGGGGACACCAUGGUGGUCCUGGGGGGGCGUUCGGACCCUGACGAGUUCAGCAGCGAUGUUCUGCUCUACCAGGUCAACUGCAACGCCUGGCUCCUGCCUGACCUCACCCGCCCAGCCUCCGUGGGGCCCCCGAUGGAGGAGUCUGUGGUCCAUGCUUUUGACAAAUUCGGACAUAUGUGCCUCCCAGGAUCUGGGUACGGGACUGUGGACCUCCACUGUGGACAGUUGGGCUGUGGGGGCCCGCCCUGCUCCCCAAUGCCUCGCUCCCCCGAGGAGUGCCGACGUCUCCGGACCUGCAGUGAGUGCCUGGCCCGCCAUCCCCGAACUCUGCAGCCUGGAGAUGGAGAGGCAUCUGCCCCCCGCUGUAAGUGGUGUACCAACUGCCCUGAAGGUGCCUGCAUUGGGCGCAAUGGAUCGUGCACCUCGGAGAACGACUGUCGGAUCAACCAGCGAGAGGUCUUCUGGGCAGGGAACUGCUCUGAGGCUGCGUGUGGGGCCGCUGACUGUGAACAGUGUACACGGGAGGGCAAGUGCAUGUGGACACGGCAGUUCAAGAGGACAGGGGAGACCCGCCGCAUCCUCUCGGUGCAGCCCACGUAUGACUGGACGUGCUUCAGCCACUCCCUGCUGAACGUGUCCCCAAUGCCGGUGGAGUCAUCGCCCCCACUGCCCUGCCCCACGCCUUGUCAUCGCCUGCCCAAUUGUACCUCCUGCCUGGACUCCAAGGGUGCGGACGGAGGCUGGCAGCACUGUGUCUGGAGCAGCAGCCUCCAGCAGUGUCUGAGCCCCUCUUACCUACCCCUGCGAUGCAUGGCUGGAGGCUGCGGGCGACUGCUCCGAGGCCCCGAGAGCUGCUCCCUGGGCUGUGCUCAGGCCACCCAGUGUGCCCUGUGCCUGCGGCGCCCCCACUGUGGCUGGUGUGCCUGGGGGGGCCAGGAUGGUGGCGGCCGCUGCCUGGAGGGGGGACUCAGCGGCCCCCGUGAAGGGCUGACGUGUGGGCGUCCGGGAGCCUCCUGGGCCUUCCUAUCCUGUCCCCCUGAGGACGAGUGUGCAAAUGGGCACCAUGACUGCAAUGAGACACAGAACUGCCAUGACCGGCCCCACGGCUAUGAGUGCAGCUGCAAGACAGGCUACACCAUGGACAAUGUGACGGGGCUCUGCCGCCCCGUGUGUGCCCAGGGCUGUGUGAACGGCUCGUGCGUGGAGCCCGAGCACUGCCGCUGCCACUUCGGCUUUGUUGGCCGGAACUGCUCCACGGAGUGUCGCUGUAACCGCCACAGCGAGUGCGCCGGCGUGGGGGCGCGCGACCACUGCCUGCUCUGCCGCAACCACACUAAGGGCAGCCACUGUGAGCAGUGCCUCCCGCUGUUUGUGGGCUCAGCUGUGGGGGGCGGGACCUGCCGGCCCUGCCACGCCUUCUGUCGCGGCAACAGCCACGUCUGCGUCUCCAGGAAGGAACUAGAAAUGGCCAGGAGGGAGCCAGAGAAGUACUCACUGGAUCCAGAGGAGAUCGAGAACUGGGUGGCCGAGGGCCCCAGUGAAGACGAGGCCGUUUGCGUGAACUGCCAGAAUAACAGCUAUGGGGACAAAUGCGAGAGCUGCCUGCAUGGCUACUUCCUCCUGGACGGGAAGUGCACCAAGUGCCAGUGUAACGGCCACGCGGACACGUGUAACGAGCAGGACGGGACGGGCUGCCCAUGCCAGAACAACACGGAGACGGGCACGUGCCAGGGGAGCUCCCCCAGUGACCGCCGGGACUGCUACAAGUACCAGUGUGCCAAGUGCCGGGAGUCGUUCCAUGGGAGCCCGCUGGGCGGUCAGCAGUGUUACCGCCUCAUCUCAGUGGAGCAGGAAUGUUGCCUGGACCCCACAUCGCAGACCAACUGCUUUCACGAGCCGAAGCGCCGGGCCCUGGGCCCCGGCCGCACUGUCCUCUUUGGCGUGCAGCCCAAGUUCACCAACGUGGACAUCCGCCUGACACUGGACGUGACCUUUGGUGCCGUGGACCUCUAUGUCUCCACCUCCUAUGACACCUUUGUGGUCCGUGUGGCCCCUGACACUGGUGUCCACACCGUGCACAUCCAGCCACCCCCGCCCCCACCACCCCCACCACCCCCUGCUGAUGGUGGACCCCGGGGGGCCGGGGAUCAGGGCACACUGGGGACCGGGAGUGGACCAGGCACCCCAGUGGAGCCCCGAGUCCGGGAGGUGUGGCCGCGUGGCCUGAUCACGUACGUGACCGUGACGGAGCCCUCGGUGGUGCUGGUGGUACGUGGCGUGCGGGACCGGCUGGUCAUCACCUACCCGCACGAGCACCAUGCCCUCAAGUCAAGCCGCUUCUACCUGCUGCUGCUGGGCGUGGGAGACCCAGGUGGGCCUGGCGCCAACGGCUCGGCCGACUCGCAGGGCCUGCUCUUCUUCCGGCAGGACCAGGCCCACAUCGACCUGUUUGUCUUCUUCUCCGUCUUCUUCUCCUGCUUCUUCCUCUUCCUCUCGCUCUGCGUCCUCCUCUGGAAGGCCAAGCAGGCCCUGGACCAGCGGCAGGAGCAGCGCCGGCACCUGCAGGAGAUGACCAAGAUGGCCAGCCGCCCCUUCGCCAAGGUUACAGUCUGCUUCCCGCCAGACCCUGCCACCUCCACCCCUGCCUGGAAGCCGGCUGGACUCCCACCGCCCGCCUUCCGCCGCUCAGAGCCCUUCCUGGCACCUCUGCUGCUGACAGGGGCUGGUGGGCCCUGGGGACCUGUAGGAGGGGGCUGCUGCCCGCCAGCCCUGCCCGCCACUACCGCUGGCCUGCGAGCCGGGCCCAUUACCCUCGAGCCGACGGAGGACGGCAUGGCAGGGGUGGCCACGCUGCUGCUCCAGCUGCCAGGCGGGCCCCACGCCCCCAAUGGCGCCUGCCUGGGCUCGGCCCUCGUCACCCUGCGGCAUAGGCUGCAUGAGUACUGUGGAGGGGGCGGGGGGGCGGGGGGCAGUGGGCACGGGGCUGGCGCAGGCCGCAAGGGGCUGUUGAGCCAGGACAACCUCACCAGCAUGUCCCUCUGA